AUGGCGGACUGGAGCCGAGGGGCUACGCCUUCGCAGUCGGACGGCCUGCGCGCCGCCGACCGAGACCUGGCGGAGCAGAGCCUGAACGCCGUCGCGCACGACCUGAACGCCUCCGCGGCCGAGCCGUUCUCCAGGCUCCGGGGGGCCGAGCACGGCCCCGCGCUGGCGGCCGUGGGCGGCCGCCUGCGGGCGGCGGGGCUGCUCAUGAUGCAGCACGUGGGCUUCGCGUGCCGCUGGCCCGGGCUGCCGCCGGUGGCGGAGGCCACCAACUGCCGCGCCGUCGGCGACUGCUUCGCGCCCGCCCUGCACGGCUCGCUGGAGCUCUCGGGCGCCCGCCUGCGCUCCGCGGCGCGCGGCGCGGUGCGGAGGCUCUGCGCGGCCGGCGCCGACGCGACGCUGGUGGCGCUCGUGGCGGGCAUCGAGGCGUCGGCGACGUUCUACCCGUCCGUCACCACGGAGUGCAUUUCGCUGGGCAGCAACCUGCAGCGCCUGUCGGAGAUCGGGGGUGGCGUCCGGUGCUCGCCGCUGGUUGACUUGGGGGCGCACUGCUCGCGCAGCCUGUUCAACAUGGCGCGUAUGAGUGCUGCAGCACUCCGCGAGUUUUCCAUCGCCAUGCCGGGAAAGGUCCGCGCUGGCGAGGCCCGGGCGGACGCGGUCUUCGUCGGGGCCUGGGGCUCCAGGCGCAUCGACAUCCUCAGCGGCCUGCUGGACGCCGUGGUCUCCUCGCGGCCGGCGCCGCCGCCGCGCCGCCUGCGGGCCGCAGAGGUGGGCGUCUUCCAGGCGAACACCUCGGUGGCGCUGAUGAGCCGGUUCCCGUCGCUGCACAUGCUGCUGGUCGACCCGUACCACCUGCACACGCAGACGGCUCCAGACGACCAGCUGCUGGAGGAGUUCUACGUCUCUCCGAGGGAGGUGUUCGACGCGGCGGUCAACUGGACCCGCCCGUACCGCUCGCGGGCCGCCUUCAUGCUGCAGGAGAGCGUGGAGGCUUCCCGGUGGGUCGAGCCUGGGUCGCUGGACCUCGUCUUCAUCGACGGCGACCACAGGUACGAGAGCGUGGCCCGGGACAUGGAGGCCUGGUGGCCGGCGCUGCGCGAGGGCGGCGCGCUCGCGGGCCACGACUUCGUGCUCACUUUCCCCGGGGUCGUCAGGGCGGCGACGGAGUUCGCCGUGCAGCACGAGAUCCAGCUGUUCAUCGCACCGGAGGUCUGGUUCUUCGUGAAGGCUGGGGCAGAGGCAGCGCCGAGGGGAGCCGCUGCGGGGGGCUGGCCGCCGGUGACUUUCCGGAGGGCGGGCAACUGCUACCUGGCGUGA